AUGGGAGGUACACAUUCGAAGAAGGUUAAAAAUAAAUCUAAGAGUGCCAAACACAUGGUGCCGUUUUUGGACGUUGAAGUUUACAAGCACAUAGACGACACGUGUAGUUUUAGCGGGAUUACGUUCUUAAAAGAUGGACGUAUUGCUAUAGCAGAUUAUCUCGGUCAUUACGUGAAAUUCUAUGACUGGAAAAUGCUCAAGUUAUUGGAUUCCGUGGAGCUUGCGACUCCCCCGUAUGGAAUAUGCACAUCUUCAAUCUGUGAAUCUUAUUUAUACGUCACCAUGCCUUUUGAACACAAAGUUCUUCACUUUAAGGUUAAGGACGACCGCCUUGACCUUGUCAAGCAUAUUUCGACCGAAGGUCGUUGCUAUGGCAUCGCAAGUUUUAAGGAUGGUAUUGCAGUGGGACUGAGAGUGGAAAAGCAUUCCUGGCGCGUGGAGAUACUGGAUUACGCUGGCUCGGUGUUGAAAGUAUUCAAGGACGAUGACCAUGGAAGGGACCUUUUUGGUUACGCGGACUACUUAACCGUUGACCCCGAUGGGUCAAGGUUAUAUGUCUCUGAUGGUGUGCAAAACAGUGUUAUUUGUUUAAAUCUUCAGGAUUCUACCAUGGUUUCCAUUAAAGAGAUGUUUAGGUACACAGACAGCCAUCUAAGUAUCCCUAAAGGCCUUACUUUGGAUUGCGAAGCAAAUUUGUAUGUAAUAGGAUGCGAAUCCAAUAAUGUUCAUAAGAUCUCAAGUACUGGUGAUAAAAUCGGAGUGGUAUUAGGACACAGAGAGCAAUUAGACAAACCAAUGGGAAUUGUGUAUGAUAAUUAUGAGAAGAAAUUGUUUGUUACUGAAGGCUCCAGAAAGGUAAUGGUUUUUGUGGACGGCUGA